GCAGUUGGCUCUUGUUCAGCAGUGGGAGCGUUAGUGGACCCACGAAGAGCAGAUUUGAUAGCUGCUUUGGGGGAGACAACUGGGAAGCCUGCUUUUGAAAGGGUUCUAGAAAGGAUGAAGAAAAGUCCUGAAGGCAGAGAUGUACUGUCGGAACGUCCUCGUGUCAUCUCUUCAAAAGUGGGGCACGUAUGGGACCUACCGGCCAACACAUUCGGUGCCGCCUAUGCAAGGUUCAUGGGUUCUAGACACUUCUCCCCAGACGAUAGGCCACUGGUCCGGUUCAUGGAAACAGAGGAGCUAGCAUACGUUGCAAUGCGAGCCCGCGAGGUCCAUGACUUCUGGCACACCCUCUUUGGCCUUCCCACCAACUUGAUUGGCGAGUCAGCACUCAAGGUGAUAGAGUUUGAGCAAAUGAUGCUUCCCAUGUGCCUGUUGUCAGUCGUAGGAGGAACGGCAAAAUUUAAUGAGAAGCAAAGGGCACUGUUCUACCAGCAUUACUUCCCCUGGGCCUGCCGUGCUGGAUUGCGAUGCACAGACCUAAUGUGUGUAUACUAUGAGCAGCAUUUUCAUGAAGAUUUGGAGGAUGUUCGGCAGCAAUGGGGUAUAAUUCCUGCUCCUGCUCCCAAAUGAAAUGUGGUCAUGGUUAGUUAAUAGCUCCCAAAUGAAAUAUGGUCAUGGGAUGAGAGAUAUCGCAAAGUGGACAUCAGGAUUUGUAUUUCAUCAACUCGUUGGGUCAUACGCUUGGGAGGCUUGGGAAGGGCGGUAGCUAUUGUGUACUGGUUGCUAGAUGGGUUUUGUGCUUCACACUAUUAUUAUCAAACAAGUGCAGACAUUUGUUCUGGUUGUCUUUGAUUGUGUGUGUUUUGGAUAGUAUGCAUCUUGUUAUCUUGUGUUUGUGGGAGGGUUCCAUCUUCAAAUACCAAAAUUAGUUGAUGAUGGCAGUUGUUUUGCAGUUCUUAGUUUAGUUUUUUGGCAAUAAUGGUUGAUUUUAUGGGUGUUUGAUGUGGUUAUGAUAUUUAUCUUUUCAGAUGUUUUGCGUAGGUA